CUCAUUUUCUUUUUCAACGUCCUUGUUCUUCAUUAUCAUAUUUUAGAUAUCCACAACUUUGGUUACUAUACACUUAUCCUUUUAUCCGUUUUCGACUAGUAUUCCAUCUUCUAAAUAUUUCCUUUCUUGAUCAUACAUCAUUAGUAUAAAUAUCGAACUGUUCUUUACAAUAAAAUCAUAUUUUAUUCUAUCUAUAUUCUUUUCUUUAUAAUAACAAGCCCUUUCAAAAAUGACAGCUACUUACUUUAAAAGCCUUCUUGUGAUGAUUUUUAUGGCAUGCAUCCUUUCUGUUGUCAAGUGUGAAUACUGCAGAUGUCAGGGGUCAUACGCUGGUGAUAAGACAGGAGAGUGUUGCCAGCAAACAAUGGGAGCUGAGACUUUUUGGUUUUGGCAGGCUAUGGAUCAAGUUUGUGAUGUUGGUGACGACGGAAAAGGCAGAUACAGUCAUUGUUGCCCUUAUGAUACAAACUGUUAUUAGUAUUUUAUGUUUGUUUAUUCACGGAUUCUUGAUAAAACACGUGUUAGAGACGAUGCUAUUAGUUGAUUGAUUGAUUGAAAUAAAGCACCGCGUUAUUGAU